AUGUUUUAUGAGGUACAGAAAGAGAUAAUGGCAUCCUGUUAUGAUAUGAGUAUCAACAGUAUAUCAAAAGAAGAUGGUGUGAAGGUGAAACAUGCUUAUUUGAACAAUGACGUGCAAUGUACGUGUAGGUUGUUUGAGAAAAUGGGUAUAGUAUGUAGACAUGGUUUUUUUGCACUGAACCAAGCUGAUGUAACAAAAAUACCAAGACAUCUUGUUGUGAACCGAUGGACAAAAGGUUUAGAUGGUGAGAGACUUGACUACCUGGAAGGGAAGUUGAAUGAGUUGAAGCACAGUUUGCGUGAAUCUAAUUGGAAAUCUGACACACAGAACAAAAAUGAUGUAAUGGAGUUUUUUGUUGGCUCAAAAAUACCAGCUGAAGUGAUUGUUAAACCUCCCAUUGAAGGUAGAAACAAGGGGUGUGGACGGAGAAUUGUUGGUGAUUAUGAGAAAUCAAUUAGUCAACGAAAGAAGAAGAAGCCAAGGCUGUGUAAUAUGUGCAAAAAAAUCGAUUUCCAUGACGCACGGACAUGCCCAUUAAAGAAAACAUUACAGCAGAGUGAUGUUUAA